UUAUGCAUUUGGGAGAAACAAUGCCCAACAAAACACAAGAGGAUGCUGUUGUCAAUCUGAAAACACUGCAGGAGUUCUCCUCUCAGCUGGGCUUUGAGUGGCCAGUUCUUGCAUAUGAGCUUGGUUUUAACAGAUCUGAGAUUGCUAAAUUUCACACAAAAUCCACAGACAAAAAAAGACAAGCCAGGGCCAUGUUAGAAAGCUGGUAUGAGAAAUCAUGUGAAAAGCCCAACAAAACAAAACUCCUUCAAGAUGGACUGGAGCGCGCAGGGAGAAGAGAUUUAGCAGAGAAGUUACGUUGCAUUCACUGGGGACACCAGAAGCUGAGCCGCAGGGUGGAGCUGCCCUCUGCUUUUCCUUUUCUUAUCACAGUGCACAAGACCAUCCAUAACCAGGAAGGACUAAAAAGGAUUAACGACCUCAACUGUAAAUACAUGCACUGCAAGUAA